AGUGUUCAUUUUGUUAAUUUGAGCCAUUUUAAAGAAUCUCCUUUUCUUCUAAAUUGAACAACGAAGCUCGGACAAACCAAGUCUGCCGGACUCAGGUGGCGCGUCUGUUGUCUCAAAUCUCUCUGUCUACGUCAUCCGACAGUAAUUCCGACAAUCCAAUCUAACUCAUACUCUCUGCCUAUCGGAUUUAGGUUCUGCGCGCCCAGUUACAAUGGCAUCUUCUUCAGACUCAUGGAUGAGGGAAUUCAGUGAAGCGUCAAAGCUUGCUGAUGACAUCAAUGGCAUGAUUUCUGAAAGAAGUUCUUUUCCCCCAUCCGGACCAGAAACACAACGUCAUUCAUCUGCAAUUAGAAGGAAGAUUACUAUCCUAGGAACCAGACUAGAUAGCUUGCAGUCUCUUUUGUCAAAGCUACCAAGCAAGCAGCCUAUAACAGAGAAGGAGAUGCACCGGCGUCAGGAUAUGCUUGCAAACCUGAAAUCAAAAGCCAACCAGAUGGCUUCCACAUUGAACAUGUCCAAUUUUGCUAAUAGAGACAGUUUAAUAGGACCAGAUAAAAAGCCAGCUGAUGUCAUGAGCAGAACAACCGGCUUGGAUAAUCACGGUCUUGUUGGCUUUCAAAGGCAAAUUAUGAAAGAACAAGAUGAGGGUCUUGAGAAAUUGGAGGAAACUGUAUUAAGUACAAAACAUAUUGCACUGGCAGUCAACGAGGAACUCAGCUUACAUACUAGACUCAUUGAUACUUUGGACGAACAUGUAGAAUCAACAGACUCGAGGCUACAGAGAGUGCAAAAGAGACUGGCAAUCCUGAACAAACGUACCAAGGGAGGUUGCUCCUGCAUGUGCUUGCUUUUCUCAGUUAUUGGAAUUGUGAUUCUGGCUGUUGUUGUUUGGGCGCUGAUCAAGUACUUGUAGUAUUACUUCUAAUAAUGAAUGGUAAACACAAUAACCUUUUCUUUAUCUCUGUUCACGUGUUGUUUGUGUGGGCCAGCCGGCCGUUUUUCAAUGUCAUUGCUCAGUCUGAUCCUUGUUUCCUGAAAGGCUUUGUCUCUGCAACGGUUAUGGCAUUUGUGAUUUUGUGUAACCGAAGAAAUCCUAUUUGUAAAUUGCAACUGGCCAAGUCUAGAGAAUAAAUGUUUUAUCAUCUUUGUGACUUU